GUGUGUGUGUGUGUGAUGAUCAUUUAGUCACACUGAGGUGUUGAUUGUAACAAGAUUUUAUUCCUUUGAGCUCUCACUUUUCUUUGUUACUUUCGAGCACAGUUACGUAAAUCUCCCUUUUCCUCAUGUGACUGGGACAAACACACAGUGAGCGGAGGGGGUGAUGUUUGCACGUCGGCGCUCGCUCCACACUCGGUCAAUAAAACUUUCCAGUGAUAGCGGUGCUUCUUCCCUGUUCAGUUCAGAGAGAAACCGAGAGAAAGGAGAGGAAGAGAAAGAAAGUGAGGGAGGAAAAAAAAUGAAGAAAUGGAACUUUUCAGGAUGUCCUUAAGUUUUAUCCAUAUGAAGGAAUUUGAUCGAUGUCCUGAGGUUCAGGAGUCACCGUAUGAACGGAGUGGAGUUUAAUCUUAGUGUUUGAGGUGUGUGUGUGUGUGUGUGUGUGUGUACGCAUGUGCACGCAUGCUGCCUGGUUUCUCACGCCGUUCGUGCUUGCAGGUGUCUAUAUGAAAGUGGAUUCUAAGAGCAAAAGCAGCAUUUUGACUCCUCUUGGAGCUUCUCUAGAUGAGCAGUCCAACAGUCCAACCAAAGGACCACUGAGGAAUGGCUGUAGCUUUGAAGAUGACCUGUCCUUGGGUGCUGAAGCCCAUCUACUCCAGAGCAGCAGUGCCAAACCUGACCCCAGUAGCUAUGACAUGCAAGCACUGGAGAAGAGGAGUCGGUUCAGACAGAAGAGUCGUAGUAUGAACUCCACCGGCUCAGGAAAGAGCAGUGGCACCGUGUCCAGUGUCUCAGAGCUGUUGGAUCUGUACGAAGAGGAUCCAGAGGAAAUCCUCUACAACCUCGGCUUUGGCCGUGAAGAGCCUGACAUCGCCUCUAAAAUCCCCUCACGAUUCUUCAACACAUCAUCCGGUGCCAAGGGCAUCGAUAUUAAGGUUUAUCUGGGAGCACAGAUGCAGCGCAUGGAGCUGGAAAAUCCUAACUAUGCCCUGACAAGUCGUUUUCGUCAAACUGAGGUUCUGGCCACUGUGGCCAAUGUCUUCUCAGAGAUCUACUCCCAGGUCUCAGGUCGUCCAGUUCAAAAGAUCUGCCCGAAGUCUGAGGCAGAGCCAACUGAGCCUCCCCCACUACGACGGAAUAGCUCCACUCUUAAUGCAGUGAAGAUCCUGAAGAAGAACCUCACUCGACCGAAUCUCAUGGCCUUGGCCGAGACGAUGUCAAAACAGCCCUCAAAAACUGACUCAGAGGGAACAAAGAACAGUGUUUGUGAGCCUCAUUCAGAUGCUGAGCCCAGGCAGAAGAUUUUCAGGAGGAAAGACUCAUUACUGGCAACAGUAACUGAGGAGUCUAAUCAGUCUGGGGUCGAAGUUUGUGACUCAGAGACAGAAAACUCCAAACUCGUUAACGGAGAACGGUUGCCUACAUGUCUUUCCGAGAAACCCGAGAAGGUCGGAACGGAUGUUUGUGACACACCGCUCUCGGUGUCCGAGCAGAGCAACGGAGAAAUUGUUGAAUCCGAAUCGAGUAUGAUCCCUGAAGGGCAGAAGACUGUCUCCUCCUCUUCCAUUCCAGAUAAAGAGACCUGCCCUCUCUUGCCCAAUCCUCACAUGGCCCAUCUCCUCAGCCAGCCACGAGACUCCUUUGAGAUGGAAGAGUUGCAGAGUAACGAGGAUGAGGCUGUUUCUGGGACUCGCUGUUUCUCCAUAGAGGGCAGUGAGCCUUUACUGAGGACAGGGAGUCAACAGUCAGACAGCAGUGGCUUUGCAGAGGAUCCCUCAUCAGAAGGCUCAGCUAAUUCCCUGAAGGUCCAGGAGAGCUCGGACAGCUGUGACAGCGAAACAACUGUGAAGGCUUACACAGUUGAAAGUGGAACACCUGGGACUCUGGAACACCCAGCCUUUGAAAGACUGUUAAUGGAUCAGGAGCUACUGAUGCAGACCAGUAUGGGGCUCUUUGGCCCAAUGGGAGCUCAGGUGGUCCCUGAACUUGUGAGCCAACAGGUUCCAAGUCAUUUUAUCAUAGACAAGACAAGGCUGGAGACUGCUGUGUCUGAGACAGAAACUCAUGAUAGACUUACUGAUCCUGUAAUUGAAACAGGCUCUAGCACAGAAUCACUCAGCACUGUAGAGUUCACAGAUCCAGAGCCAUCUAUAGAUCUUGUUUCAGCCCCAAACACGUCUAAUACAAGUGAGGAGAUUACCCUGGUGGGUGAACAGGAUAUGACAGCUGACAGUUUAGAACAGAUGGGUUUAUCUGCAGCAUCAAGCUCUUCCAAUCCAUUAGAGCCAGUGUUAGAUGUACCCACCCCAGAUCAAAGUUUAGAGCCUGUUCCUGAGUCUCAGAUUCAAGAUAAAGAGGACCUUAGCACCUCAAGUAGGGUCCGUAGUGCCCUGCUUCGGGCCCAGCAGAGGACAACCUCAUGCGAGGAUCAGAGGGGGCGGGUUUGGAUUCGGUCAAGAGACCUACUGAAGGAUCUCAAUGAGGAGACAAGGAACCCACUUCAAAGGUCCAGCUCUCUCCCAACCACUUUGCUGAGCCCAGCUCGGGUGGUGUCAUCUGUGCACAUCCAGCUAGGUCAUGGCUCAGUUCGUCAGUGCACGCCACCGUGCUACAGCUAUCGCUAUGAGGAGGAACCAGAGGAGGUCACAUCCAUUGCAGGGGAACAAGACGACAGAUCUCAGUCCAGACACCCAUCUAAUCUUGUUGAUUCAGAUAGCUUAAAUCUAGAAACAGAGCUAGACCGCACAGGAGUGCCUCCGUAUCCCAUGAACGUGCCUCAGCAUUUGACUCGGUCGACUAGCUCACUGUACAGCACUCCUGCGGAUUGGCCCUUGCGGCAUAUGGCAGAAGCUCCUGUUUGGAGCACAAACAGCGUUCCUGAUCUGACCCAGCAUACAAGGAUACCACAUCCUGCUAUUCCACGUCACAUCCAGCAAGAACUUCCUCAAUUCCGAGGACAUGUUGGCUCCCCUUACCAGAAACCUAUACCAGUUAGGCCCCUUAGUCGCAGUUACACCCCUGUUAACAGCCCCUGCCCUUGCACACAAAGUGGGAUGUAUUCCCAGUAUCCUCAGCCACAGAACUCACCAUUUUUUCAUUCUGUAUACACACCACCUCAUGGUUCAAAUUUCCCCAAUCAAAAUAUUUCUUAUACCCACCCACACUGCAUGCCUUACCAUCCUCAGGCACCCUUCCAGUCUCCUCCUUUAACUAAUCCUUAUGGUUCCUCAUUCAAUUUACAAAUGCAUUCAAAUCUCUACAAUCCUCAAGUGCCUCUUACCCACUCCUACAGCGCCCCCUCUAGCCUGGCAUUUGGUAACACCCCUUAUAACCCCAACAUGCCCUACAGACAUCACUGUAACUCCCCAUUCCACACACCACCACCCACAUUUUCCCAAAUGCCUUUUUCAUUCCCAUCGGACACACCGACUCCUCCUCCAACUAUCGGUAGUACGGAAAUGCAGCUGCGUCGAGUCCUACAUGAAAUUAGAGGCACUAUGCAGAGUUAUGGCCAGACUGCUCCUGAUCAACAUGAAGGCACACAAUCGGGGGUACACAGUCCAGUUCAAGCUGUCCAACCACUCCAUGAGGAGCUGCAGAGGCGACUGAAGAACCUGAAGGUUUUUCGGACUCAGAUGAUGGACCUUGAACUUGCGCUGAUGAGGCAGCAAUCCAUGGUUUAUCAGCUUCUCACUCCUGAAGAGAGGCAAGAGGCAGAGCAGCUGCAGAGGCUCCGUGUCGCUGUUCGUCAGGAGCUGCAGGAGUUAGAGCUGCAGUUGGAGGAUCAACUCCUCACCCUGGAUGAUCGGAUUCACUCAGCGCACAGCAGUCGCCUCUCCCGUCAUCUCCUGGACAUGUCCAGGGGUCAGAGCAUGGACAGUUUAUCUAGCUCCUCUGCACUCAGAGCUACAGAACCGGUGACCGAUCUCUUGCGGGAGCAGAUGUAUCUCCAGUCAGAGCUGAGUUAUGAUGGCACUAGUGCGGUUGACACUCCGACCUCUGCUCGUUCGUCGAGGUCGGUGAGUCCGGUGCGAUCCCGUGACCUCACCUCGUCUCCAUCACGGAGAAGAGGAGGAGUGUAUCGCUCAACGGUCAGCUUGACACCAUCUAUUCCUUCGAGAUCAGGAAACGAGACCCGGGAGCAAACACCACAACGGAACAUUAGCCCUAGAUUACCUGAGGUCAUAGCUUGCAGAACAGCACAGAGUGUCUCAGACCACACCGAUGUCAAUAAAGAGCCUUCAUUUCAGAAAAAUAAAGGAGAAGAAGAAGGAGAAAGUGGAGGAGAGGAAGCUUUUGGAAAUGCAAAUAUAAAGCAGCUCAUCCACCAGAUAAAGAAGAGUCUCGCAGAUGAGAUCAGACAGGAAAUUGUCAAUGAGAUUCUCGCUGCCGUGUCACCGCAGAGAUCUGUAGCGACACAAGAGUCAGCACCAUGACAACGGUGAUUAGCGGCUGAAGAGGAGGACUGCUGUGGAUCUAAGCUCUGAGGAAACACAAAUUCUCUUGAGUUCAUCACACACUACUGCAGCUCAAACCAACCCAAUCUAUCCAAUUUGCCUCCCCACCUUCUCCACGACAACAUUCUGAAAAGUAUACUACUGCUCCAGAGAUGAUCUUCUGCUCCUCCUCAGUUCCUCACACCAACAUGGGAAGCUCCAGGCUAAAGCGGAUAAAACCUGUAUGGGCUAUGGUAAACAUCUCCUUCAAGAUAAAAGCCCAAAAGUUAAUGCAGCAUAAGAUUGAUUAACCUCUUGUAAAGUUUAAAAUGUUAUUUAAAAGCACACUUUUCACUUUAGCUAGCAAGCUAUCCAAGUCUCUAUGUAUAAUUUUGUUCAUUUACUGAAUGUUGUGAUUGCAGCACCCAUUUUCUAUAAUUUAUUCAUCUAAAAACAUUUGCAAAUGCUAGAAACAUUUAUUGUGGUCAUUGAUUUCAUUUUCUCCACUGAGUUCACAUCUCUGCCCAAUCUGGGGCUUUAUCCAUCUAAGACAAGUCUUCAAGUCUUCAAAAUCUUCCACACCAAGAUAGGGAGUCUCAUGCCAAAUGGGAUUGCUUGAUGCCCAAGUCCAAGCUUCUCAUACCUGGGAAGAGGAUUUUCCUGCUUCUCAUGCAAGUGAAACAUUUAUGGAUUCUUCAAUCUAGGCAGGGGUUUCUUCUACCCAAGUAAGGUCUUUAUCUGUCCAAGUCCCAGAGGGGGACGCUAUGCCCAGAUAGUGGUGAUUGAUGCCCAAGCUAGGGCUUUAUCCAUCCAAAUGAAGAUUUCAUCCACCAUAAAACCCAAAGUUCUUUCCAAGCCCAAGUUUGAUGCCUAAACCAGGGCUUCAUCUGUCUUGAGAAGGAUAUUCACACUCAAUUGUGGGAUUCUUCUCUGCCCAAAAUGAAUAUUCUCACUCACAAGAGUGGUAUUGUUUUGCCAAAGUGGGUGAUUUUCUUUACUCAAGCUAGUCUAAGGCUUCGUCUGUGGAUCUGCAGUUGGCUUUUUCCAUGGAUUACAGCAGGAAAAUUUAUCCACUCUUCCAAUACACUGAAAAACGUCAACCAUUCAUUUGUUUAUUUUUACCCACCUGUAGCAACUGCACCUUCAUACACUACUGCAUGGCAACACGUCAAUCCGAUCUAAUCCAAGACUUUCUCUAGACCUCAACCAGACAUUGUUACCACAAGGGGGAUUGCUGCACUGGAUCUAUUUUACAGGAUCAUCCGCUUGAACCCAAUAAUAAUAAAUCGAUCUGCUAGUCUCCUCCAUCUGAGGGCAUGAAAGUAUUCAAGAUUUUAUUUUAUUUUAUUUUUAUUUUUUUUUUGUUUUAAAACAAAAACUCUGCAAAUCAUUUCAUUCAAGUUUUAUAUUUGGUACGCUGCCAUCUUUCUGGAAAAAUAACUUUCACCUUUGUAUUUCUUUUAUCUUUAUUAUGUUUUUUUGUUUUUUUUUAAAUAAUGUUUGGGUGAAAGGUGGCCAGGCUUGAAGAUCACACGAUAUAGGUGAUGGUGAUAGCAUUUUGGUGUGUUUCUGUACAUAUCUGUGAGUUUUAUCUGCAGCCUCUGUGAGGUACUAACCGUGCAAUAUGUUUCACUUGAACUGACCAGUCACAACUGCUGUUUAUAGAGAUGCCACUUUAAAAAGAGGAAGGGGACACGAGUGUAACCACAAACACACACACACACACACACACACACACACACACACACUUCCAACUUUAUAUCGGGAGUCCAUGACACGCUUUAUGUGUAGAAAUUAAGCUUUCUGAGCACAAGCACUAAAUCUGCUAUUGUUGCUCCGGUUUUCUUUUAUGACCGAAGCCUUUUUCAUGCAAAGCAACCACUAGUUUGUUGGAGGGAAAAACUUAUUUGAAUUAUUUUUAUUAUUAUUUUUUCCAAAUGUGCCAUGCUGAAUGUCAUACGUGCCUUUUAAAAAAUUUCAAGUGUUAGACGGAUGACUUCCAGCCUUGCUUACUGUAUGUGACGAGGUGAUUUCCAUAGCUGAUCUUUGUUCUAAUGAGUUGUAAUACUAACCGAUUCACAUUUUUUUGGCUAUUUUCUAAAGGGAAAUUUUAACUUGUCAUUCGGGAUGCAUGAGGAAUUUAUCUCUAAAGCAAAUCAUUAAUAAAGAUUUAUUUAUUUUGAAUAUAAA